GUAUUCAAUAAUAUGUUCACUAUACAAAUAUCCGAUUUGAGUGGGUAUUUUAAAGCGUUCUUAGUAAUUAUACCACCCUUGUCUGACUAUAAUACUGAUUGAUAACGUGUCGACUGUUAUGGAGCUGUGUAUUAUUUCUGUAGCAUGCUGUUUAUUUGUUGUGAUUCUUGCAGCUGUGAAACUCUAUGAACUCUCAAUCAAGAGACCUUUUGUGUCGAAUGUCAAACUCGAUGGAAAGACAGUGAUUGUUACUGGAGCAAAUACUGGGUUGGGAUUUUGGACAGCACUAGACUUGGCAAGCAGAGGGGCUCGAGUCAUUCUAGCCUGCAGAAACUUACAAAAGGCCGAGGACGCAAGAAAGAAAAUCCUGAAGGAACUACAGAGUAAUUGUGAUGUCAUAGUCAGACACUUGGAUCUGAGCUCCAUGAAGUCUGUAAGACAGUUUGUUCGAGAGACAUUUGAACAGGAAUCGAGAUUAGAUAUUCUUAUCAACAAUGCUGCAGUAUCAGGUAUACCCAAAACAAUAACAGAGGAGGGUUUAGAAUACUCUUAUGCUACAAACUAUAUUGGACCUUUUCAUCUCACAAAUCUCUUACUGGACUUGUUGAAAAAUUCAGCACCCAGUAGGAUUGUGAAUCUGACAUCAGUAAUGAAUACUUUUGGACAUUUGAAUUGUGAUGAUCUACAGGCCAAGGGUCACUAUGAUCCUUUUUCUGCUUACAAGAACACAAAACUGAUGAAUGUUUUAUUUACCAAGGAGCUUGCUAGACGACUGGAGGGAACAGGUGUAACAACCUCAUGUGUUCAUCCAGGAUUAGCAGCCACGGAUAUCUUCCGAAGUUUAAGGAUUGCCAAUAUAGUGGGGCCACUUAUAUCUUUGUUUUUUAAGACAGCUAAAGAUGGGGCCCAGACCACUAUAUACUGUGCAUUAUCAGAAGAAAUGCAAGAUGCAAAGGGAGAAUACAUGAGUGACAGUCAGGUGUAUGACAAAACAGUGUGGAUAAAUAAAGACGCUUAUGAUGAAGGGCUGUGCAAGAAAUUAUGGGAAACCACUGAAGCCAUUUUAGAAUCAAUUGAAAGUUGAUCCAAACCAAGCGAUUGAUUGGGGGAAAAUGAAAGAAAACAAUCAGAUUUUUUGUGACAUAAUUUUUCAAUUAAAAUUAAUCUAUAUUCAUUAA